AUGGUGAGAUUGCGUUCAAUGGAAUGCAACUCAGCCGACAAGGAUUCAGUGGUGCUCAAAUGCGCCAAGGAUUCGAUGCAACUCAAGCUCGAACUCUGCAGGUCAAAUGUCUUUCAUGAUGCUAUCAAGGGAAAGGAUGAGAAUGGCAAUGAUGUCUAUCUUAUUCCAUGUCCUGCUGGUACGACAAAUGUCAAACUUCAAGCUGACUGGCACUACGCUAGUAAAAAUGAAGACUUGCCAGAUCUUGCUACUGAAGCAGAUCGAGCUGAGAAAGAGCUCGAUGUGCACACUAGUAACGUGGGCAGCAGAGUUCUCGAUGAAGAAGGUUUUCUAGGAAGAUUUCCGCCUCCAGUCUAUUAUGAUGAAGACAGAAUUGCCAAUGUACUUGCUAUGCGCAAGAUGAUUGGUGUUGGAUACCGCAUUACAAUGGAUACUGAUUUUGACAAUGCCUUUGUUGUGCAUUGCGAUGGAAACAGACAGAUGCGAUUUGUGAAUCGUAAGGGUGUGUAUGUGUUGGAGCAACUUGGAGCGGAUGUCGAACCAGGUGCCAAAGAGACAAGUGUGAUGUAUCGUUGCCAGUUAAGCAAGGUUAAUAAACAACCCCAUUUCAAACUUUCUUCAAAACAGAAUGGAUAUGCUGGACUCGGGAUGACCGCAAAGAUGGCAACGGUUCAAAAGAACAAGGAAGGAUUCACUCCAAGACAAGUCAAGGCUGCGAUGGAAGCGAGAAGUGCUAUGCACAUACUCAAUGCUCCAAGCACCAAAAGUCUGAAGUAUGCGAUCCGAUCUGGUCUCAUCAAGAACUGUCCUAUAAAUGAAGAAGCGAUCAAUCAUGCCGAAGCAAUCUUUGGACCUGACGCAUCUACAUUGAAAGGCAAGUCGACAAGACCAACUCCGCUUUCAUGUCAAGAAGAUCAAGUGUGA